UUGUGAUUAGAUGAGAUCAAUUUCUGCCUACAUAUUUGACAAUAAUGAGAUAUUCAGAAGAUGAGAACAACUCUCUUCCUCGUUUGUCUACUUCAGUACAAGAUGCAAAUUCUUUUGACAAAGAAAUAUAUCCUCACUCCAAAAAGGAUUUUAUAAAUGAUAAACAUGGUAGUUUUGUAUGGAUAUCGGGAGCCACUUACAUUGGGGAGGUUUCAAAUGGCCGCAGAUGUGGAAUGGGAAGACAAACAUGGCCAAAUGGUUCUAUAUAUGAAGGCAGUUUCCUAAAUGAUAUGAGACAUGGAAAUGGAAGACAUGUUUGGUGUUCGGGAGAAGAAUAUGAAGGUGAAUUCUACAAAGACCACAGGCAUGGGGAAGGAGUAUAUAGAUGGCCUGAUGGUUCUGAAUACUGCGGUACUUUCUAUCUUGGACGAAAAGAGGGAUAUGGAAAGUUUAUAUUCUCAAAUGGUGAUAUAUUUGAAGGGCUAUACAAAAAAGAUGAGAGAUGUGGACCAGGAAUUUUUUCAUAUAAAAAAUCUAACAAAGAAGAUAUUGGACUCUGGUAUAAAGAAAAACUAAUUCGUUUAUGUUCUGAAGUGGAAGAUAUAUUUAGUAUUAAAGAUCAUCCAGAAUAUCCAUAUUUCCCCGAUGAACAUUUUUCUCAAAUUGUAAUGAAAGAAAAUGAUGAAUAUAUGAGUAAAACUCCCGAUGAGGAGAAGUCAUUCUGGUUUAGUGGUAAAGAAAUGCAAGCGAGGCUUCAAUUAGAUGAAAAUUAUUUACCCGAUGGCAUUGAGCAUUAUUCUCGGGAUUUUGAGCAUUUGCCUGUUACCUCUAACCUAAAAGAGAGUCUGCAAAAAGCUUUUUUCAAAGAUAACUACCACCUUGUUAAAAAUGACGAAAAUGCUUUCAUAUUCGCAAGAAAUAAUACAACUCAGCUUAUAGAUGUGCAAAGGCAAAUGUAUAGGCAUCGUCAUGUGGCAGAAAAAUUCAGUACUUCCUUAUCAUCAAUUGACGGUGCUCAAAGAGAUUUAUUUAGCUCUAGACAGGGUCAACUUGAAGUUAUGUCCGAGAAUCUUAUUAAAGCUUCCACAUCUGGUGAUGGUAAAACUGUGUAUAAAAUUUUAAAAUCUGGAUUAGUCAAUCCAAAUGUUUGCGACAAUGCAGGAAACACACCUCUUCUCGGAGCUGCUAUCAAUUGUCAUAGCAAAAUUGUUAACUUGCUGCUUGAUAUGGGUGCAAACAUUGAUCAUGUUAAUGAUGAAGGUAUAACUGCUCUAAAUGCCUGCCAUGUAUUUUACUACCCUACUGAUCAUUUCAGGCCUAACAUAGCUGAAAGGUAUAUUGAUGAACAUAUGACAGAAAAACCUGUUCUUAAACUUCAACUACAUCCUACCAAGAAAGAAAGAAUGGGAGCUACGCCUUCUCCAAAAGGAAAAAAUAAUAUGACAAAAGCAGGUUUGCUGAGUCCAAAAAGCAGUCGUUUGCAUUCACCCUUACUGUAUGAUGACAGAAGAAGAAGUAGUAUGUUCCGAAGGGGAUCUGUCUCGCCUGCGACUAGUAGACAAUCUUCACUUUCGAGAGCAUCAGAUAGCCAGGAACUAGAAAAAAAGAACGCAGUUGAAUGUUGCAAAAGUGAUUUACGAAUCAAGGCCAGAUUUAGAGAAAUAUCUUCAGCUAAACAUGAAGCAAGAAAACAUAAACAAAAUGAUGAAAAACCUGAUGGUGUUUCAAACAAAGAUGAUGCUGACAGCGUUUGUUCAACAAAUAGCAUUAUCACCACAUCAGCUGAUUCAUCUUUAGCUUCAAAGAAGAAUUUAGUAGAUUUCUAUCUGAAUAUACCUGAAGAUCUGAUCGAACGAACUGCAACACUGCUGAGUAUGAACAGAAGAGCUGUGAGUGGAAUAUCUACUCGAGAUGGACAAGCUAUUUCACUUGGAACAGCUGGAGCUUUGGCAGUGUGGAAGGCAGAACAUGAAGAACUAAGACGUAUGAUUGAACUUCUGCUGCAAAGAGGUGCUAGUGCGAAUAAGAGUGCAGUACCUAUGCCUCCAUUAUUUUUUGCUGUUAAAGCUGGAGAUACAGAUGCAAUAAGAUUAUUAUUACUCAGAGGAGCUUCAACUGAAACAAGGAUAUCAUCUUCUUUUGGCGGCUUCACUCCACUUCAUAUAGCAAGUGCUUUACCUGGGAAGGAAGGUGUGAUUGCUGUUAAGUUAUUAUUACAAGCUGGUGCCAAUCCUAAUGUAACUGCUCAUGAUGACGAUAUUCCUCACAGUAAAAAUACAGUUGCUUCAGAAAGCUGCUUGUCAAGUGAUUAUUCUGUGCCAACAAAGAAAGACUCGACCCCUCAAUGGCUGUCAGAAGGUCUCAAAUUUGUGGAUGAAGGAGGCAGAACACCACUACAUAUAGCCUGUGACAGAGAUAAUGAUUAUAAAAAUGCCUGUGAAGUUGUUCAUGAACUACUUGACAAUGGUGCUGAUCCAGAUGUUAUAUGGAGUGGACAUUCUCCUUUAUCUCUUGCUAUCAGUUCUGGGAAUGACUGCGCUAUUGAAGAACUAAUAAAUUUUGAAGCUGAUGCAAGUAUGCCUUUAAAACGUGGAGUUGGAAAUGCAUUGUGUGCUGCUGCUAAUACUGAAUAUGAAAAUAGAAGAGAUGCUGACGGCAGAAUUAAACUGGUGGACAAGCUAGUGAACGCUGGUGCAAACAUGUUGGCACCGAUUGUCUUUGGAACAAAACAAGUCACUGGAACAGUGGUUGAUUAUGCUCACUGGAUGUUUGGCAGAGAUUCAAGGAUUGCUCAUACACCAUACCAUGCUCUUUCAUAUCAUGAGAGAGACACUUACAAUGCAAGAAAAAGACUCCUUGCACAUUUUGGAAAUCUUCUAAGAGAAGCCGCAGUCAAAGUGGAAAGAGACAAAUUAAAACAAGAAACAAAAUUUGGUGUUCGAAGUCUGAGUCCGAGCCGAGAAGAACGCUUUCUGUACACUGGCGCUGGGGCCAAGUCAGAAGCUGCCCUUCCUUCAAGCCCCCAACAAUACCAUACAGAUCCAGUUUCAGCAAGCCAUGUGAGCUUCCCAACUCCUAUAUCGCCUGAAGAUAGACCUGAUUCAAAGAUUUCAUCAACCAUUUUUUCUCAACCAGAUAAGCAAGUUAAACCUGUAAAAAAAUCAAUUAAAGGAAGGUCAGGUUCAGGUCCGAUUAGAAAACCCCUUUUUCGUUAUUGUUAUGAAUGUGGUCGAUCUGUUGGUGUUCGUUUGACAACAUGUUCUAGAUGUCGUGAAGUUUAUUAUUGCAGUAGAUCCUGUAAACUAAAAGCCUGGGAAGAACGGCACAAGGCUGAAUGUCUUCGUAUAAAAAAUAAGAGAGAACAGUUCUCCCCAUCUGCAAAUGAAAUUGCUUCUUAUUUUACAAUUCACACUUUGAAAGAAGCAAUUGAAAAUGACCCAACAAGCAACAGCAUGAAAAUAUUACCCAAAAACAUAGUCACUAACACGGAAUUCAUGCCAAGAUCUAAAUCUGGUAGAACUACUUCAAGUCAUCUCAAAUUUGGUAAAACGAAAGGAAAGCCAAGGAAGAAGACUGCUUCAUCACGAUCCACAAGUGUUCUCCAGCCUUCAACUGGAAAAUCAUUACUGCCGAGUCGCAGGGCUCAUGUGGGAGAGAUUUUGCAGUCAAAAGUUGGAAAAGCAGUUUAUUUUGGAACAACAGGAAUGACAUUGGCUGAACUUGGAAUUAAAGAGAACUACAGCUUUGAAUGAGUGACAUCACAAUGGUGUUGGCUAUUUUGUUUGUUGUCAAUUUGAUAUUCAAUCUUAAUAAUUGAUUUACUGUGUAACUGUAGGAGGAUCAUUACAUUUUUACACGAGUUUUUCACUCGUCUCAUAAAUAAAAGAGUUAGUUUGGUGAAGGAGGUGCCACAUCUAACCAUAUUUGCCUUGAUGACUGUGUUUCACAAGAUAUGUAGUUGGUGACACAUUCUUACAUUGUUCACAACAUUUUGGAUUUUAAAAAAUCCGUUGGGUUUUCUUUAUAUCAGUUUUGUUAUAAAAUUGCACAAUAGCAACGACAAUUGAGGCUCCUAUAUUUUAGUUUGUUGCUUAACUCAUAGCAUCUCAUCUGUUGCUUGCAUUAUGCUUUAGUGCGUCCCUAUUUUAAAAAUAAAUAAUGAUACUUGAACAUGAACAAAUGCAAUAGUCCAAGACAGACACCACUGCAGUUGUAAAUCAAAUUCCAUGACAAUAUUUAAUGUUGAUGGGAGAACCAAACAAUUUUGUAAAAGCAUAUCAAAUUUAUAGAAUUUUACAGUAAUUAAUCUUUUCAAGAAUUAUUUUGGUCCUUAUUCAAAAACUCAGCCUUUUUCGAAGUAAAAAUAGCUUGCUGUCGAUUCUCUUGAUAUUGUUAUAUUUUCGUAUUGAAGUUCCAAUAUUAUUGCUUUAUUCUAGUUUUUAACAAAUGUUUUUGUAUAAGAAUUUAUUCAACUUCGCUUCAUUAGAUGCCAAAGCAUACUUUUUAUGCAUCCAACACAUUUGUACUUGCAAUUAAUAGUUUUAAUUUAAUGUAUAUUUAUCUGCAUAAAUCUGUUGCUUGUUUAGUUUUGCGACAUUUAGAAUUUGUAUGUACAUUUUUACAGA